AUGCCUUACCACAACCAUCGACCACAGCCACAAGCUGGGCAGUGGCAUUCUUCCGAGUAUCACAAUACCAAUAGCACAUAUCAACAACCAUGGGGACCUUCAUAUCAAGCUGGACCGUCGACCCAGUCAUCCUUCUUCUCUACAAACCAAUCACAACACCAAUCCCAGCCUUACAGCCCAAAACGGUCUCAAAGACCAUGCGUCAUCCCCCAAAUAACAACAAUCUUCGACGGCCCAAACAUGAGCCCCUUCGCCCGACCCCGGGUCCCAGAACUCGAACCCCAAACCGAUCUCAGCGAAAGAGAAUUACUAAACUUCAUCGACGGUCUAAAUGAAGCAUUCAUGGCAAACCCCGCACUCCGAGCAACGGGUCAGAUUGGCAUGAUGGUUGGGUUUGUGCCGCUGGCUACAACCCAGAUUAUAGGUAAUAGCUUGGAAGCUGCUGCUGGUUUGGCGGGUGCCGGUGUUUCUGCUAUUCGGACGAAACAGUAUCUGAAGAAGGGGGCUCCUUCUCCUCAGAUCAGUAUUGUGCUCUUGUUGGGAGGAAAUCUUCCGAUGACGAUUCAAAGCCCCCUCGAAAAGAGAAUGGCACUGCUCGGUGAUCGCGUUAUGAGACUUUCGUUCGAUAAUGUGGCUUCACCGGCUGAAGCGGACAACUGGAUAAAGAAAUGGGGUACAUACUCUGCGCAAAAGGCAGAGCAGAAACAACUCAAAAAUCUGAAAGAGAAAGAAGAAAAGCAGAGUCGCAAAUCCGACAAGGCGGCAAGAAAGGCUGGACGAAAGGGACGGAGGGCUGACGACGAAAUUGCCGAUAUCAUGGACGAGAUCGAUGAUCUUCAAUAUCAAAUUCAGGGCUUGGAUAUGAGUCGGGGGAAAGAUGAGAAGACUGAGCGCGAGUUACGCAGGGAUUUGAGAAGGUUGGAGAGGAAGCUCGCGGAGUUGGAGGAGGAUAAGGAGUAUGAUAUUUCUCGCAAGUGUAGCAGGGUGCAUAGAAAGGAGACUAGGAGGAAUGAGAAGGAAACUAAGAAGAUUAACAGGCUCUACUGGAUUGUCAUCUUGCCUGUGGAUCAGAAUCCUCCUGAUGAGGAACAUGACUUGGAGUCAGAGGAAGAGGAGGAACGGGCUGUUACAGAUAAGGCUUCAACGGUUUAG